AUGUCAACUAUUACACCCACUGCUCUUCAAACCUCUUAUCCUCCAAUCCUUCCAGUGCCAUUCAACUCCAAACAGCCUAAAACGAUUCGGCUUUAUCCACUCUCCAAUUACACCUUUGGAACCAAAGAAACUCAGCCGGAAGAAGAUCCAUCAGUGCUUGCGCGUCUUAAGCGGCUUGAGGAGCACUAUGUAGAGCAUGGUAUGCGCCGUACCUGUGAGGGUAUCCUCGUCUGCCACGAGCACAACCAUCCGCAUAUCCUUAUGCUACAAAUCGCAAACGCUUUCUUCAAGCUUCCUGGGGACUACUUGAAGCCUGAGGAUGACGAGGAGGAAGGUUUCAAGAUGAGACUUAACGAACGUCUCGCUCCUGUUGGCACACAGUUCAGCGGUGAGGGCGUCAAUGAAGAGUGGGAGAUUGGUGAUACACUAGCCCAGUGGUGGCGGCCCAACUUCGAAACUUUUAUGUAUCCUUUCAUACCAGCCCAUGUGACGCGGCCUAAAGAAUGCAAAAAGCUGUACUUUAUCCAGUUGCCACGCCAGAAGGUGCUCAGUGUUCCUAAGAAUAUGAAACUAUUAGCGGUCCCUCUGUUUGAACUGUAUGACAACACGGCCAGAUAUGGGCCUCAACUAUCGGCCAUUCCGCAUCUUCUGUCGCGAUACAACUUUGAGUUCUUCGAUGAGCAGGGACAAGUUGUCGCCGUGACCCCUGGCGGUGGGCCAGAUACCGGAUCAAUCCCGCGGACAAUAGUUCUGACGGGUGAUGAGGAUGGAAAAACUGAAGGUGAAAUCAAAGAAAAUGGCUCUCUUGAACCAUAA